AACCAAGUAUUCCAAGUUAUUAAUUUCUAAGAAAAAAUGUCAUUGAACAUAGUAAAACAAUUACUUAAGAAAAAACUAGCAGCUUUGCAAGUUUUGCGGAUAUUCCGACAAAAACCAGAUGCUUCUGAAGUUCUUACAGCCUAUUUGAUGCAGUGUAAUGAGCCCCCUUGGACCUCCUACUUCGUAAAGUACAGUAGUGUAAAGGAUGACCAGUUUGGCAUGUCCAACUUCAACUGGAAAGUGGGCAGUUCCAACUACCAGAUACUGCGGACCGGCUGCUACCCGUACAUCAAGUACCACUGCUCCCGAAGGCACAUAGAAGACCUUGGUGCUUCUGACAAGUUUAUGAGGAUUAUCAAAGUUGCCAAUUUUGGUAUCCCAUGCCUCCUGUACGGGCUUGCGGCGACACAGCUUAUCCGCCAUACAGAAAUAGUUCACACGUCGAAAGGACCCGUCACGAUAUACUUCCUACUGCCAGAGCACAAAGGCUCCACGCACUGACAAGUAAUACUCUUUAUUGUACAUUUAUUUAUUGUUGAUUAGUAUAAAUAUACGUAAGUAAAUAUUGAA